AUGAUCAACGCUAUUCUGGUCUUUAAUAACAACGGGCAGCCUAGACUGACCAAGUUCUACUCCCAGCUUGACACGGCUACGCAGCAGUCUCUUCUCUCGCAGAUCUUCGCACUGGUGUCGGCUCGUCCAGCGUCCGCCUGCAAUUUCCUCCCCCUCCCUCCGUUGUUGGCUCCAUCGGGCAACACUACUUCACCAGAUGCACCUACCCAGAUCACCUAUCGUCAUUAUGCAACGCUCUACUUCAUCCUGAUAUCCACGUCGACCGAGUCACCCUUGGCUCUGCUUGAUUUCAUCCAAGUCUUCGUUGAGGCGCUCGACAGGCUGUUCGAAAACGUCUGCGAACUUGACUUGAUCUUCGGAUUUGAAACAUUGCACGCCGUACUCAGCGAAAUGGUGGUGGGUGGUGUCGUUGUCGAGACGAACCUGGAGAAGAUUGUCGACGGUGUCCGAACCAGCGAGGGAACCAAGGGAAAGAGAAAGGCUGUCAACGCGCGCGAGUCUUCUUCCUUUGGUCGAGGUUCUGGGUUUGCCGGUCUCGGCUGGUCUACUGGCACAGGAAGCAGCUGGAGAUGA